UUUUGUUGCGCUCAGACUGUUUCUCCGAACAGUUUUCCCUUUUCUGAACAUCGGUGAGUCACUGCAGGCACCAGACAAGCCUCUGCAUCCUAAUCAGACAGAGAGGACUUCAGCUCAUUGACAUUACAGUCAUACUUUUCUGGAGCACUUUUUUCUUUUUUUUUCUUUUUUUUUUUUUUUUUAUUUCCACUGCGCUUCACUGUAGCCUGUCUGUGCAUCCGGAGGCUUGUGGCUGUGUUUUUUUUUUUUCUCUCCCUCUCUCCCUUUUGCACAGAAGGGGUGGAAAAAGGAUACGGGUGGUAGCUAUACCUACUUAAGAGGAUGAAAGUCUGCUUCAUUCGUACUGGACCUGACUGUUCACAUUUUCACUGUUAUACACUCGGACCUUUUCCUAUGGUGGUGUGAGGGAACAUUUACGAUGGCUAUUCUGUUUGGAGACUGGAUUGCGAUUAUUGCUCAGAUGAGUUGGAGCACUCAGCUGAAUAUAAAUUAGGUGUUCAGCACCACAGAUUGCUGGAAGAGAGAGACAGAGACACAGCAAAGACAAUCUACAAAGACAAAUGCCAAGGUUUCACAUAAUGAACAGAACUCUUUUUAUGAUCCUGAAUAAUAGAAAAACCAAAUUUGAGCAAAAUAUCAACAGGUCAAGGAGAGCAUAAACCUAAUACAGAUUAUAACAGCUCUUACAGCGUGGGGAUGUAUCUUUCUAUUUUCUUUUUCCUUCUCCUGUGGGCUCAAGCCCUGACAUUGAAAAACUUGAAUUACUCUGUCCCUGAAGAACAGGGUCCGGGGACAGUGAUCGGGAACAUUGCCAAAGAUGCCAGACUUGGACUCGAUCAAACUGGGCAGGGAGGACAGGGUAAGAAAGCCAACUUUAGGGUGCUGGAGAACUCAGCACCGCAUCUCAUUGAUGUGGACCCCCAGAGUGGACUGCUGUACACCAAGCAACGCAUCGACAGGGAAACAUUGUGUAAGAGAAAUCCCAAGUGCCAGCUCUCCAUGGAGGUGUUUGCGAACGACAAGGAGAUCUGUAUGAUCAAAAUAGAUAUUCAGGACAUUAACGAUAACUCACCCACUUUCCCUUCGGAUCAGAUUGAUAUUGACAUUUCUGAAAAUGCAGUGCCGGGGACACGCUUUCCGCUGACCAGUGCGCAUGACCCAGAUGCAGGAGAAAACGGCCUGAAAACCUAUCAAAUAACACGUGAUGAUUACAAUCUCUUUUCCUUGGAGGUAAAAUCCCGUGGGGAUGGGACUAAAUUCCCAGAAUUAGUUAUUCAACGACCACUUGACCGCGAAGAACGAAGCCAUCACACCCUCAUUUUGUCCGCUACAGACGGCGGGGAAUACCCCAGGUCGGGUACCAUGCAGAUAAAUGUUAAAGUUAUUGAUUCCAAUGACAACAGCCCUGUGUUUGAUCAGCCUUCAUAUGUUGUGGAGAUUCCUGAAAACUCACCUCCUGGUAAAGUGCUGAUUGAUUUAAAUGCCACGGAUCCUGAUGAGGGCAACAAUGGACAAGUGGUCUAUUCUUUUAGUGGCUAUGCCCCCGAGAGAAUCCGAGAGCUCUUCUCCAUAGAUUCCAGAACAGGGGUCAUAAAGAUUCAGGGUGAAAUUGACUAUGAAGAGAGCCCUGUUAUUGAGAUUGACGUCCAGGCAAAGGAUUUAGGUCCCAAUCCAAUCCCGGGCCAUUGUAAAGUCACAGUUAAAGUGCUUGACAGGAAUGAUAACUGGCCGUCUAUAGGCUUUGUGUCUGUGAGACAGGGAGCCAUCAGUGAGGCGGCACCUCCAGGCACUGUCAUUGCUCUGGUUCGUGUCACAGACAAAGACUCUGGUAGGAAUGGGCAACUUCAGUGCAGAGUGCUGGGUAAUGUCCCCUUUAAACUUGAAGAGAACUAUGAUAACUUCUACACGGUGGUGACAGACAGGCCCUUAGACAGGGAGAUGCAAGAUGAGUACAACGUUACAAUUGUGGCCAAAGACAACGGCAUUCCUCCUCUAAAUUCCACAAAAUCUUUCACGGUAAAGAUUCUAGAUGAGAAUGACAAUGUUCCUCGCUUUACCAAGUCAGUUUACCUCCUGCAAAUACCUGAGAACAACAUCCCCGGAGAGUACCUCGGUUCGGUUCUGGCCCAUGACCCAGACUUAGGACAGAAUGGCACAGUUUACUACAGCAUAAUAAACUCCAACGUUAGUGGGGGUGACGUCAACACCUAUGUCAAUGUAAACGCUGCCAACGGAGCUAUAUACGCAGUAAGGUCCUUCAACUAUGAGCAAAUAAAAUAUUUUGACUUCAAAGUUCUUGCUAAAGAUGCAGGAUCUCCACAUCUUGAGAGCAAUGCUACAGUGCGUAUUAGCGUUCUGGAUGUCAACGACAACAUACCUGUUAUAGUUCUGCCUCUACUCCUGAACGAUACCGCUGAAAUCCAUGUGCCACGCAAUGUUGGCGUAGGCUACAUAGUCACCACAGUCAGGGCAGUGGAUAAUGAUUAUGGUGAGAGUGGAAGGCUCACAUAUGAGAUCUCAGAUGGUAACGAAGAGAACCUUUUUGAGAUUGAUCCAGUGACUGGGGAGGUAAGAACAGCCCAUCCAUUCUGGGAGGACGUGAGCCCCAAUGUGGAGCUUAUCAUCCGGGUGUCGGACCAUGGAAAGCCAACUCUCACUGCUGCUGCGAGGCUGAUCAUCAAGGCCUCUAAUGGACCUCUCUCUGGUGGAGCGCCCCACGUUACGGACAGACAGAACUGGGACAUGUCCCUCCCUCUAAUUGUCACUCUUAGUAUCAUAUCCAUCAUGCUUCUGGCCGCUAUGGUGACCAUAGCGAUAAAGUGCAAACGGGAAAAUAAGGAGAUUCGUACUUAUAAUUGUCGCAUUGCAGAGUAUUCGCACCCUCAGCUGGGGAAAGGCAAGAAGAAGAAGAUUAACAAGAACGACAUCAUGUUGGUGCAGAGCGAGGUGGAGGAGCGGGAUGCCAUGAAUGUGAUGAAUGUGGUAAGCAGCCCUUCCUUGGCCACCUCUCCUAUGUACUUUGACUACCAGACACGCCUGCCACUCAGCUCACCAAGGUCAGAGGUCAUGUACCUCAAACCCACUGCCAAUAACCUCAGCGUGCCCCAAGGCCACGUGGGAUGCCACACCAGCUUCACAGGCCCAGUCACCAGCACUACAGACACACCUACUAACCGCAUGUCUAUCAUACAGACGGACAAUUUCCCCACUGAGCCUAAUUAUAUGGGUAGCAGACAGCAGUUUGUUCAAAGUAGUUCGACAUUUAAAGACCCAGAGCGAGCCAGCCUCAGAGACAGUGGUCAUGGUGACAGCGACCAGGCUGACAGCGACCAGGACACCAACAAAGGCUCCUGCUGCGAUAUGUCUGCAAAGGAGGCCCUCAAGUUGAAGGCGACGGGCGUAAAACCACCACCUCUGGAGCAAGAUGAAGACUGUGUGAAUUGUACAGAGGAGUGCAGAGUACUGGGCCACUCCGACCGCUGCUGGAUGCCCCAGUUUCCAGCUGGAGGGAACCAGGCAGAGGGUGUUGACUACCGCAACAAUAUGUUUGUGCCAGCCGGAAUGGAGACUGUGCCCGAGACAGAGACCUAUGAAACAGUCAACCCCAAUGGAAAGAAGACAUUCUGCACUUUUGGCAAGGAGCGGCGCGACCACACCAUCCUGGUAGCCAACGUGAAGCCCUACUUGAAGGCAAAACGUGCCCUUAGCCCACUCCUCCAAGAGGUCCCUUCGGCCUCUAGCAGUCCCACCAAAGGCUGCUCCACCAUGUCUCCUUGUUCCUCAGUCAAAAGUCCAGCUGAUGGGGCUGAAGGCAAGCCUCCUCCUGCUACAUGCUCUGGUCACUACGGGCCUCCUGACGGUCAGUACUUGUCACCAACCAAACAAACCAGAGACCAGGGGGUCUAUCCACCCUUGCCACCCUCUGAUCCUGUGGCCAAGGUGCUGGCUGAGGCCCGCUCCAGGAUUAGCCAAGAGGCAACAGGUGAAAUGGAGUGUGCCCUGGAGCAGGUGGAGCCUGAUGCAAACCGUGAAGGAAUGGACGCUGACCAGGUGGUGAGAGAUAUCGACAAACUAUUGCAGGACUGCAGAGGAAGUGAAGCCACCGGCACACUCAGGAAGUGACACAAAGGACUGCAACUAAAAGAAAACACUGAGAAAGAGAAAGGAAUAGGAUCCUAUUCCAAAAAAACUCUCAAGCCAAAACUGUCACCAAAACAAAUCAAAAAGGUUAAAUGGCUCUUAUGAUAGGAGCUCUUUUUACUGUAUUUGUUGUUAAAAAGUACUGACACUGAAUGGACAAUGGGAACAUUUAUACUGUCAGACAUUUGGCACCAGUUUUGGUGCUAAUCCCUACCAACAAAAGUAGAACUGUGUAACAAACAUCUGAAUUCUGCUGAAUUUAUAAACUCUUUUUGUUUGGAUUCUUAAGCAAAUUGCAGUGGCUUAUGCCUCUGGCACCUCGCAAACUAUUAUCUAAGUGCCCACCAGCUCAUAAGUGUGUUGUUCAUGGUCUCUCGUGAAAUCCUACAUAUCUAAGUGUGUGUAGGUGGAUUUCUGUUAUGUGUAAUGGCCAUAGACACUGAGUGAAAAUGGACUAUUUAUGGUCAGACAUGACAAUCGAAGUGAAAACAGAGAAACAAGUUUCAGUCGGUUCGGGACAGUGAAAGACAAAGGUACACAAAGCAACCUUUUCUUUUCUGACUUUAUUAUAGGUGUUUAAAGCGUGAUGGAUCCUGUGUCUGAACAUGGAGAGGUUGGGUAAUCAGGGCUGUGCUCACAGUGGUUGGUUAUGGACUUGGGGUUGGAGGGGCAUAAACGCUCCACCGAUGGAGAAUUAUUAACAGUGUAACCAUGUUUCACCAGUCAUUUGUAGCCACAUGUGUAAACUGUGUCUGUCUCACGCCUCUAUUUAAACAUUCAUGACGCUGAGCGGUGUAGUCGCACACACACGCCCAUUUUACACAUGUGCAUUACACUUUGUGCACAUGCCAACACAGUCACAUGCACUGAUGCCCGUACACACAAGCAAACACACACACACACACACACAUACACACACACAAUAACGCAUACACACAACUGGCCAUCUGUGUAUUUGUCUUAUACAUGUUCAUCAUCAGCUUCCUUGUGUACAGUGAAUUAUCAUGUGUGUGACUAUGCCUUAAGGCAAUCACAAGUUGUGUAAAAAGGGACAUAUUUCCUCAGCUGUGAAAAGAUGAUAUCUAUAUGAUGAUAUAGAUGAAUAUAUGUAUGAAUCCAUGUAUAAUGUCCAAAUAUUAACAAAAUAUUUAUACCUUUUUUAAGAAAAAAGAAAUGAGGAAUUUCAGCAAAAAGUGUCCUCAAGACAAGGUCGAGAGUGGGCUACUAACUUAUUGAACUGCAAAGGACACUGCCAUUGUUUCGAAGACAAAUAUCCAAAAAUAUGAAUAAACAAGAAAAUGUCCCUUCACAUUAUCACUAUACAUAAUAUCAUUAUAUGUGUAAAUGUAUCCAAUUUAGAUGUGUUUACAUAAAAAAUUGACAUAUUUUUAUUGAUUUUACUGCAAUUUCUGUGCAUUUGAGCCAAAUUGUUAUGUGUACAAAAGCUAUAUUGUGUAUUUUAUUAAAUUAAUAUAUAGUUGUGUUGCAAUAUACAUGGGCUUAUAUUGUAUUUGGCAAAAGUUGCCUUAGUAGCUGUCGAACUCUGUGAGUUUGCUUUAGUUUGGGUUUUUGUUGGUGUUUUUUCCUCUCUAUUCUGCAUCGUUGCAGGCUGGCUUCAGUGCUUUUGAGAUGUCGCCUCUUUUUACCCUGAGAUCCAGCUGGAUCAAAUACAAUAACUGUUGAAAGCUUAAUGAGCCAGCUGAUCUAGAAUACAAUUCAACCAACAACAAAAAGCAACAACCACAAGAUAACAGUUUGAAUAUUUUUACUGAGCAGAUUUUUACAGGGCAGCUAUUUUCUUUAACAAUAACUAGUAUGCGUAUUUUGUGUUCAUUAUGUUUUUACUUUCUUUCCAAAAAAGAAACCUGCCAUAUGGAAAGUGGAGUGGUUUCCUUGGUGAUCAUAAAACUGCCUUACUGUCUCUGCGGAGAGCUUGUUGUAUCUGUGGAGCUUGUGACUGCUUAUAAAGCCCUGGUCCACCAGAAUGUGCAUUUUCUAUAAAGGACCAAAAGAGGUUCUUUUUCAGCAGUCUGUGUUGUUUAUGUAUGUACUCCUUCUCAAAACAUGUUACGAUUCUCAUACUUUGCAGAGAAACUUGACAUCUGAAAAUAUAUCUGAAGUUACUUUGGAUUUGAUGUCUUAGCUGUUUAGGUACACGGUUUAUAUAACCAAGUGGCUUCACCUUCAGGCUUUCUAAAAAAAAAAACAAAAAAAAAAUGAUACAGACAUUUAUUUUUGAAAAUCUUGGCACAUUUCGGCCACUCUCUGCUUUUUCUAAUAUUCUCAGACAGUAAAUUAAGCAGAACAGUAGGUUAUUAGAUUAGUGUUUGGAAAAUGUGACCACAAUCACCAAAUCUAUGUAGGAUGCAUCCAUUAGGGGGAACAGCGACUUACAGCUCCUGGUGUAUUUACUGCAGAACAUGUAUCUAAGCCGGGGUUUCAAUCCGAACAGCAGGUAUUACACAUUUUAUCCUGCUGACAUCACACACAUCACAUCUGAGCAUUGUGGUAUUUCUGUCUAAGCCCUCUUUUUCCUUAAUCUAGGUACAUGUUUGGACAUUGUCCUGCCAUUCUGCUGAGCCGCUCUAUACUUUGCCUAUUUUCCAUCUUUUUUUUAUUUCAGCCAUCAUUUGCUUACUUUUCUCCUCUUGCGAUGUUUGCUUUCUUCCCUCUCUGGAGCAAAGUAACUCUUGCCUUUUCUCCUCUCUUUCGUCUAUAAAGUAUUUGGUUUCAGUUUACCCCAGCUCUUUCCUGGGAGACGGCAGAGGCUGUUUUUAGAGAGGGCUGGGAGGCUGAGAUGGAGAAAGAAAAUAUUUAUGGUUACUUUUAAUAAGAUAUUUUCUGUUAUCUCUCCCAAAUAUCCAGAUAAAUCAAGCCCUGAGUCUGGAAUUCGCAUCAUACGAACAGAAAGAUGCUGUUAAAAUGUGCUGUUGAAACACGGCUUCAUAACUGUGAUCCUAACAGAAAGCGAUGCUACUUAUGCAUGCACGCAAACACAAACGCCCGGGCACUUCUGCAACACACUGCCUUUCAUUUAAAUGCAUAGCCCCUUAAAGGUAAAGUAAAGGCUGAAAGGGAGGGCAAAACACUCCACAGAUAAAUGUGACACUUCCACACUUGUCUUCAUGGUUUUAUUUUCCUUUUAUCUCAUUGUUCUUGGUCUUCAUGCUGGAUCAGGCGUUUCCUGCAUGCUUUUCCUUGAUUCGCCUUCAUGCCCUCAUUGUUAAACAAAACAAUUCCUUUCUUCCAGUUUAAUUUGGGUUACUUGUGUGGUAUAGAUUUAUUUCUAACUCACACCCUACCCCUAUUGCUGCGGUACCUGUUUGUGCGGGCAUUAAUUAAAAAAUAAUAGAGCAGAGGUCGCCCCGCGGAUCCAUCUGUGAAUGUGGGAAACUGAUGCAAAACACUGUCACACUUCAGGCACAUUGAAAGUCCUGUCCCCUCUAAUGGUGUUCUCCUGGCCCGGCCACUGUCUGCACACAUACCCGCAAACUGUGGGCAGGAAAUGAGCUGGGUCCAAUGGAUGGACGGUAUUCUUUAAAGCCAUGGCCCCUCUCUCAGGCUAUUUGCUGUCUAAUAGAGCAGAGGCUGCUGCUGAGGUCAAAACGUAGUCGGAGAUUGAACAUAAUGUAAGGCCUCUCAUUAUUGUCUAAUUACACACUGUUGGCAUCAUACACUGGCAGUGCAUUACUCAACUUUAGAGUGGGUUAUUUUUGCCCACUUGAGACUGUUGGUUUUACCAAGUGAUUAGGACAGGGCCUUGUUGAAUGUGGCUAACCGCCUCUGAUCUCUGACUCACACUGAUGCAGGUGCACACGGACUCAGACAGCCACUGCUUUCACACAUAGAAACAACAUGCUGUUUUGGUUAGUUAGAACAAGCACCCGAUGUUUGUCAGUGACGUCCCCUCACCCCCAAGCCCACGCUGAUAGCAAUGGGCUCCACGCUACAACGGGCAACUGGUGAAAAGACCAGAGACAUUCAUUUGUAUGGAUUAUUUCAACUGCUAUUGUCUAAAGGCUGUGUUCAUUGUGAUCUAUCUGAAAAAAAAAAAAAAAAAAAUGAUGAAAAGAUCAAAUAAAAAAGCAAUUACUAAUAA